AAACCCUCUUUUGCUCUGCUUCGCUCUCUCUCUCUCUCUCUCUCCCUCUCCCCCAAAUUUUGAAAAUUGUGAAUGGAAUUCAGAUACAGAGCCAUCGACACUGAUCGACCACCUCCUUCUACGGACACUGCACCUUCUCAGUCUCCGUUACCGAACUCCUCUUUCUUACCGCCGCCGCGAUCAAUCCCAGGAUCAAGUGAGGAUGAUCAAGUUAGGGAAGCGAUUCAAAGAGAGAUUGAGAAGGAGCAAAUCCGUCAAGAGAUCAUUAUCGCAGAAGCAGCGAGGAAAAGAGAGCUUAUAGCCGAGGUUUUACAAGAGAUGGCUAUCGAUAGAGAAAUGGCGAAAAGACGAGUGGCUGAGACGGGGAUGUCGUUAGAGGACAAGAUAACUAUGUGGAUCAAUCAAAGGAAGCUCUCGAAUCAGAACAACUUGUUCAGUCCUAUGUUGUCCAAAGGUCCUUACAACGGUUUAGUUGCAUCACCAAUGAUGCAAUUGCCUUCACUCCAAGUCCAAGUCCAAGUCCAACCAAUGCAUGAGGCUACUACUACCGGAACAUCAGUUUUUGAGACUAAUAAAGACAAGUUGAUUGUAUUGAAUAGGGCUGACACUAUAGGAGGAAAGGGUAAAGAAGACAGUGUUGGUACCAUACAUUUGCCUCAACUCCAGCCGAUACCUGAGGCUACCGGUACACCAGUUUUGGAGUCUAACAAAGAGAAGUUGAUUGUACUGGCUAGAGCUGGUCCUAUAGGAGAAAAGCGUAAAGCAGAGGAUACUGAUCAAACUGGUUUGAACAAACAUGUUAAAGGGAAAAAAAGGCACAAAGCAAAAGAAGCAGCAGUCUUGGAAGCAAAGACGAUGUCUGUGGAAACCGGAGAAAUAGUCUCUUCGAAAAAGCAAGUAGAAAGCAAAAUAAGAAGAAGCUUUAAGUUUUGGUGUGACAUUUGUAAAGUUGGGACCUAUUGUCAAACAGUCAUGAGGGAUCAUGAGUUAGGUAAAAAGCAUAAGGCUGCUGUUUCACAACAGAGUGAAGCACCUGAGGCUGCUUCAACGUCCUUAGCUCCUCCUGCUUCCGGUACAACGCCACAAUCAGAAGCCAUUUCAGGAAUUGAAACUGCUGCUAAUGUACCGGCUCAAAAAGUGGAAGAAAUGUCGGUGAAAGAAACAACGGGAAAGAAGACAGAAGAAGGUGAGAAGAAAAAGAAGGUAACGAUUUGGUGCAGCACUUGUAAUAUUCAUGCAAAUUCUGAGACGACGAUGAGGAAUCAUAGGCUUGGGAAAAAACACUUGGCUUUGGUUGAGAAAGAGAAACGUAAACCCAUUACAGUUCCAGUGAGUGCUGCUGAUCCAGGAGAGAAAGAGUCAGUUUCUCUAGCAAUGGAUCAUACAGAAGGUGAAGGUUCAUUGCUUGGUCAAGCCAUAUCAGUUUCUCUAGCGAUGGAUGAUACAAAAGGUAAAGGUUCAUUGCUUGGUCAAGUCAUAGAAGAUUCUUAAUUUGUUAGGUCAUGACAACACAUAAUGGCCGAGGAAUCAGAGAUUGAGUUUCAUUGAGCCAUGAAUCAGAGACUUGCACAUGAGUUUUUUUUUUUGUUUUUUUUGUUUGAAGUGAGAAUGGGAAUGUUUAGUGACAAACAUAAGUGUUUUAGACCCCACAGUAAUUGCAUUGUGGAAUGUAUUAUCUUUUCAUAUUGCUAUCAUGUACAGUAUACUGUACAAGUUGAUUAUGUUUAUGUGGACUUCACAUGAUA